UUACAGUGAUACAGUUUGUUCUUAUUUACAGUAUUUUCUGAUCAAUUGUUUUUCAAAAUGCUUCAACAUUUCUUUGGACUUUUUUAUCUCUUGGCAGUUUCACAGCUUUUGAGUUUCACAGGUUCAUAUGCUGAUGAAUGUCCAGUUGAGCUCAACCCAGAGAGAGUUAUUGUGGAGUUCGGCGGUUCUGUCUCAGCCGACUGCAGCACUUCUGUCCCGCAUACAGGGAUGGGAUGGGAAGCCAGUGAGGGAGGAGUGCACAUGAGCAGAGACAGUCUGAUCACAUGGAGAGUGUCAAACCUGACAGAAUGGGACAUAGAGCCAAUCUGCUUCAUAAACUAUAAGAAACAGUGUCAAAUAACUCUCCCAGUGACAAUUUACAAGACUCCAGACAGUGUGUCCAUCAGCACUGUGAAUCACACCGGACCAAUGAUGGAGGGAAACCAGUAUGAGCUCCAGUGUGACGUUCUCAAUGUGGCUCCUGUUCAGAAUCUCAUUAUCAACUGGUACAAAGGACAGACUCUGGUGGAUCAAACCAACUUCACUGACACCAUCAAGACUCCAGUCAGUAAAACAUCUAAACUCCUGAUCCGUCCAGACGGAGCUGAUGAUGGAGAUCAGUACUGGUGUGAAGCAAAGCUGGAACUGGGAGAAGAAGGACCUCAACCUCCUCCUGAAGUCACAUCAGAUCCUCUCAACAUUACUGUAUAUUUUAAACCGAUCAUCAAUAAGACCAAACUGCCCUCCAUAGUGCCUGUGUUUCGAGGAUAUCCAGUGGAGAUUGUUUGUGAAGCCGAGGGAAACCCAACACCAGAUAUCAGAUGGAAUCUCGGGACAACUGAUAUAGUUUAUAGUGAAACUCUUACUAUAACAGAAUCGACACCUGAGGAUCUGCACUGCAUUGCGAGCAACUCAGUUGGCACCACCAUCAGACGUGUAAAAGUGUCCAUACAAGGCAUAUCUCUAAACUACAUUCUCAGUUUUGCAGCGGCCGGUGCACUGCUUCUUAUAAUCGUCACAUUACUUAUCUAUGUGUGGAAAAAGAAACAAUCUACUGGAAGUAAUCGCAGUCAGUAAAGCAGUAUGACAUAUGUCUCUUCAGCAAUGGAUGAAAAUUCUAAGAUUGAACAAAGAUGAUGUAUUGAACAUCAUUCAGAUCACUACCCACUAUGUUGUGAGAUUAUCAAAGUUGCCUACGUGACAAGAAAAAGAUCUCUUUGUGGUAAAUAACUUAAUACUGUUGUUAGACAUGUUUGUGCAUUAAUGCAGAUCCUGAAAAACAUCACCCCAGAUUCACACUUUAAAAAUUGUGUGAGGCGAUGGACAAUCUCCAAAGCCAGAAAUUUACUUUCUAUGUUAGACAAAUUUGACAACACUUUUAAUUUACUCUAUGUACUUCUUCUUUAAACCAAUUCUUGUGUGUGUGACUUAAGCCAGUAAUAAUAACAUGACAGUAAUAAUUUUCUUUCUUUCUUUUUUUCUUUCUCAAUCCUUUUAAUACGACUCCAAAAAAACAUAUAAACUUCAAGUCAGGCCUGUCUAUAACUGACAGAAUGCUUUCAGGACGUAUGUUUUCAAGAAUAUUGUUAAUGAUUGUUGAUGUGUGGUGUUAAUAAUUUAAUAAAGCUCAUGUCCUUCCCCUCCA